UGUACUUACCACUCACGGCAUAACAGAGUUCUUCUCCGAACGAUCAUCUGACUCAAAACGUAAGAUUCCGGAAUUGAUUGUCUUUCCCUCUGCCCCACCGGAGAAUUAGAGAGGUAGCCGUCGGACUGAUUCCAUCCGUGUGCUGACUUGUCUGUCAGGUUCUAUUUAGACUGUAAUGUCAUCAGAAAAGAGUAUAAUUGAUAUCAAAUCCUGGGAUGGUACCAUCUCAUUUGGAGAGUUCUAUGCCGCCGCUUGUACAUUUGCUGAGCAGUGGAAGAAGUUUAGCUCAAGUCUUCCUCAAUGGUCGUGGAUGAAAUGUCCAAAGCGUCCUGCCACCAGAGUAGAAGGAUAUCUAUGCAUGGAUGGUGUAAUUCUUCCCAGGUCUACGAUGGAAGAUAAUCAUGAAUGUGGUGGUGAUGGUGGAGUAGAAGAGCUGGUUUCCUUGGAGGAAGAUGAGUUAAUUGAUAGUGCUGUAUUGGUUGAACAGCACAGGCAUGAAAGGUGCCACUAUGACUUCCAUGUUGUGUACAGCUUAUCUUAUAGGGUUCCUGUGCUAUACUUCCGUGCAUAUUGGAGUGAUGGACAACCUUUGGCAUUGGGCGAUGUGGAAAAUGACAUCCCUGCAAGCACACUACGGCAGCUAAACGUAUCCAAAUGGACCUUUAUAACUCAGGAGGAGCACCCUUACUUGAAUCGACCAUGGUUCACCUUACAUCCAUGCGGGACUAGUGAGUGGAUGAAGCUACUAUUUACUAGCGACGCCUCUGCAGUGGCGCUAGGCGGAGUGGCUGUCGACAGAUAUCUAGUGUCGUGGUUCUCAGUUGUUGCACAGGUUUUUGGUCUCAAACUUCCCUUUGAAAUGUUUAGUAAUUCUUGUCAGCCAUAGUUAACUUCUGCCUAUACGCAUUAUCAAGCAUGUAUAUGGUUGUAUUGUAACAUCAUUUUUAUCGCAUUCUUGUUUAAACACAUCAAUACUAACACUAAUGAUGACAAUUUCACUCAAGCUCAACCCGAAACAUGAUUCUUCGCCCCGGUAGGGAUAGGGACGAUGAUAGAAUUCGAGAAACAGGGACGGGACUUCAUGCCAUCCGGUUGACAUUCCCAAUUAACACACAAAAUGAAUCCCUUGUAAAUAGGGGUGUGCAGAAUUCGGUGAAAUUGUAGUUAACCGACUGAACCCUAGAUUUUGGUUAAUUGUUUGUCCCAUCCCGUUGACAUUCUUAA